CGAUUUAUAAAAUAAUAAUAAUAAAAUUAAAUAAUUUUGUAAAUUAUUUUAUUAUUUUGAUGUGUAAAAUUUUCAUCAGUUUUCAAAAUUGUCUAAACACAUUUACAAAUUACUAACACAUUUACAAAUUAACACAGUAUUACUAGAGUAAUAUUGUGGUAAUAUUUGGAAAAUUUGACAAAGUGUAAAAAACUGUAAACUCGCAACUACAAAUUUACCAACCAUACUACUCACUACUCACUACACAUUAGAAUGUCCGUAACGAGAGAAGUGGGAAAAUUGUGUACAUUGGACUCUCUGGGAUCCCAUGUGAUGAUUGAGAACGCGCGUUGUCCAGACCACUAUGAGUUACCAAUUCAAUACUACUGUCUCAGUUGUAAUGUUCACUGUUUCUGCUCUGAAUGUGCCUUAACUACACAUUCCCACUGUGACAUCAUGACUCUUACAGAGGCCUUCACUACGGUAGUGAACACUCAGGUUAACAGGUGGAUCUCACAAAUUAAUACUCGGAGCGAAAACUUACAAAUUUCGUUUAAAAAGUUAUUAGAAGAUAAAAGGGACCAGUGGACACUAAAGCUACAAGAUUUAAUCAAUAACUCAGUGCAGACAAAUAAUAAACUACAGGAAGAUAUGGAAGAGAUUAGGGCGUCAGUGUCGGAGUGGGUGGAACAGAGUAACAAAAGGUUAACUAGUGAGAUCGAGUCCCGAAAAUCGGAAAUUAAUAAUUUAUUAAAAGAACUGGAAGAAAUAACAAAAAAACUAAGAAAUGAGCGGAAUAAUCAAAAUAAAACACAAUUGCUAUACUUUUACAAUCAAAAUUAUAAUUAUCUCAGGGAAAUCAUUCUAGGCCAUAUUCAUGGAGUUGAUACCUUAAAUGGUAGUAAUAAGGUUAAUGGAGUUAACGGGGUAGAUGGAGUUUGGAAUGGAGAUGUGAAAAAAAUAGUAUCAGAAAUGAAGGAGAGAAUGACUGAGAAUAAUAAUUUGUUUAAGGAGAUGAUGAGUAAAUUAACUGAAUUACAGCAUAAUAUAAGAAAUUGUCAUGCUGUUGAAAAAUAUUAAUAUGUGGCCACAAUA